UAACACUUCACGCAGAACUCCAGGAAAACCCGGCUUUCUUGUUUUUCACCAAUUUUGACAUUAGAACGAGCCGUACGGCCGUUCUUGACCUUGUAAUGUAAAAUAUACGGACAAUUAUUCAUUUAUUUCUCUCAAUUGGAUGUUUUGAACAUAUUUUUGUGAAUUAAUCUUAACUUCAAAUAUAUAAAAUAUAAUGUCUACCACACUAACUACGUGGACUCAUGAUGCGACACUCACUACAAGUGAUGCCAUUCUCAAUUAUGAUUUAGUUCCAAGUGCCAGUUUAGGCCAAGUCAUCAAAGUGUCGGCGCAACAUUCGGAUGAUCGUUAUUCAGAAAUGGACGGAUCCAUACAUCAUGGGAAACCCCGCUUUAAAGCAAAUACUAUGUCUGUCUAUGUGAUGCCAGAGCCUCUUGAUGGUAACUUGCGGAAACGCCAACCCAACUUACAGUUGUCACUCUCGCCUCAACUAGCCAACUUGUUAGGCAUCAGUGUACGAGGUAUGGUAACUGUCUCGGCUUGUGAGAACAAGGAGGAAGCUGAGGCUGAAUACGUGGUUCUCUUCUUUCGUGAUAAAUUCAUAUCUCGCAGUGAUAUGUGGAGAGUAUCAGAGAAAUUGAAGGGUACAUGUGUUCAUUCGAAGCAGCGUGUUAAUUUUAUUGGCGAUGUUUCUGCAGUCGUACAAUACAUCUGGCGAGACGGUCAAAAGCGAACUUCUGCUUACUACUCUUCAAAAACAAAACCAAUUUUCCGUUCUGAAAGUGCAAACUUUCUCAUCUUCAUUCAAAUGAGCAGCGAAAUGUGGCACUUUGAAGAAGAUGGAGAACUCAAUUUCAACAAAGCUAUAGACGGUUUCCUUCCUGACCUCUUUUCUGCGUGGAAACGGCUUGGUGCGCAUCAUCUCGUUUCCAUUAUUCUUUUUGCCCGCGUCGAGUACAGCAGAGCUGGCUCAGUAUGUGUUUGGGAGAAUCCUGAUUGUAAGGACCCUGUUUCCACAAACAAAGCACAAACGACACUUCGAGAUGAUCAGUCUGCCGAAAAAAAAAGCUACAAGGAUUUCUUUAAAGUCGUGGUUGAUAACAGUUCCAGUCGCGACUGGCUUUCUACACUUGCUAAUCUGAAACUUGAACUAGCAAGGUUUCAGCAUGAUGUAUUAGUAGAUAAAGUUGUUUCAGAUGAUGGUGAAGUUACCGAAUUCAUUUGUGGACGCAUGGCCAGUGCUCAAGAAGGCAACUUUUUGGAAGUCAUUAACAUGGCUGUUUAUCAAUUUCAAACUGAUUAUAUUGAUCGUGAUCUUGGUCGAACGGGAACAAGUAUUAUUAUCAUUACCCCUGGUACCGGUCUUUAUGAGGUUGACGAGAAAAUGCUUCGCCUGACUUCUGAGAGUCUGUUGAACACUGUCGUUGGCAUUGAUAUAGUAUCACUUGGUAAAAUUCCCCUUUACUACACUCCUGUUUUGCGCUAUAAAAACUCUGACAGGUGUGACGAUCAAACGGAGAAUGCUCAGAAGUUUUCAAAAGCCCUGUCCCCUUCAGUUUUGGCCUCUCACUCUAUUUCUUCUUCGAUAUCUAAUUUUUCCAUUGGAUCUUUUCUCAACAAUUUACGUCUUGAUACAGAAUGGGUUUAUACAUUACCCAUCGGUUGUAAUAUUAGUUUCUACAGCACAACAGAAAUGCACUCAUUAAGAUCUUCGUGGGAGAAUUAUAUGUUGGAAUGCCAGUUUCAACCGACAGCUAAGAUGCACGAGCUUCAGAUGAUUGGUGUCAUGGAGACGGAAAAUGCAAAGAUAUCAAUUCCUUUGCUGAACGCAGAUCCUCAUUUUAAAGGUGAUAUAUUUGAUGAAGAAUUUCAGGAUAAGUACGACGAGCGACAAUUUGUCAUGGACUCAGCAAUUCUUGAUUUAGGAAUUUCAAAGAAAUCCCAUUGCCAUUCAAUAAAAAGCUAUGGUUCGAAGAAACCUGCAGACAUUGAGACACUUAAUUCUGUAUACACUGCUCAAUCAAAUGCACGCGAUUAUUUUCGGAGAGAAUUAUUUGAAGACAGUGGGAUAAGAAAACGUGUUUACGAAAGAGGUAACGGUGACCGGCAAUCUAUCUUAAGUGAAAUUAUAAAGUCCAGUAAAACCAGACCAGCUACUUCAAAUCAACGCAUACGUUCAUCUCGAACGAAUCUUUCAACGGAACAGAAUUUUACAGUCUUGGAAAGAGUGACCGGGUUUAUCGUUCCUCCAGCUUUACCAACAACGUCUGUGGAUCCGCUGAGACCUCCUCAAAUUACUAAACCCAUAGCAGUCAAAGUCUCUUUGAAGGAAUCGGGACCUUCUACCAUGUCCAAGUUUCAAUUUAACACGACAAUCAAAAAUUCAAAAAAUACGAAACAUCAAAACUAUUUGACAACAAGUUCCGGUUCAAAUGGUAAGAAAACAACUGUUGUCGGUUUCUCGAUGAAACGGCCAUGGAAAAUUAUAGACAAUCCUUUCAAGCCAAAGGAAGCUGGAGCAGAAAAUGAUCCUGUCAGUUUACGUUGGGAACAUCUUUACAUCAAAGCGAGAAAACUUAAAGAAUUUAAUUGGGUUUCCAUGUGCACUCCUGGAGCUUUGCCUCUGACUUUUGGUUAUUUUCCAUCGGAAGAAGAGUUAGAGGAGAACUUCGAGGAACACACUUACACCGUUAGUCUUGAUCCAGAGUUUACCAAGAUGGAUCAGAAAAGUUUGUUGGUGGAAAUGGUAUGUCAACGUCUGUCUCGUGGGUACCAAAUUGUUGUUCGUAAAAAUGAGUUGAAUACUUCAGACAGUGGACUUUUACAUGAACGGUUACAGCCAAAGAAAUCCCACAAGUUUGACAAUGAAGCACAAUCAUAUUUUGGUCUUGAUGCCGCGCCCGUUUAUUUAAGUUUGGCAGACAGUCAGUUUCACAGAUUGUGUUGUGACCCUGACGGAUAUAACAUUGAGGUAAAACGUUAUGUUAAACGUGGAGCGGGCUAUGGGAAAAUGAAGUAUGAGUUUAAUAUCUGGUCUCCAAAUACCAAGUCGUACGCUCCAUCAACUAUAACAUUCUCGGCGAAUGACACCGCAAAGUAUAAUUGGAAUUAUGUUGAUCAGCUCAUCUGUGGUUUUGAAACGUAUCUUCCUGAUUCGGUGAAAUACUGGCGCGCCCGCUUCGUUCUUAUCCCAACAAAUACCUUUUCAUCUAGCCUCAGUCAAAAAUUUCAAUUCGCAAAUGUUCCAGAUGCAUUUACAGAAGAAGAAUUUCGCCUGGAGGGUAUAAACAAAUUAAGUGAACUUAUCUAUAAAGCUAAGGUCGAUCCAUUAGAAGAAGAUACCAAGAAGACAAAAUCUUUAACAGAAACGAAUAUGCUUGGUAUUAAUUUUACCACUUUGACUGCUUCUCAAUUCAUUGCUUCUGAACUUGAGAGCUAUAAAAGUGAACAAGACUGGUGCAAAGGAACUUUAUUUUUACAUGGGAAGCGUUUUAAAACUACCGACUCUAUUCAGGAUAUUGCCAGAGAACUUCAAGCCACUUCUGGUGUGCGCAUCAAGGAUCUUCACUGGCACUACCGAGUCUACAAGAACUGUUUUAUUGGUAGCGAUUUGGUGACCUGGUUGUUAAACAAUUUUGAUGACAUUGAUAGUCGCGAAGCAGCUCUCUCUUUCGGAAAUGAACUUCUUAAUAAGGGUUUAAUUGAGCAUGUUCACAAUAAACACUCAGUUUUGGAUGGUCAUUAUUUCUACCGCGUUUCUAAAGAGUACAGUGCGAAACCUGUUUCAGCAAAACCAUACCAAAGCUGGUUUUCUUGGAGAAAGUCAUCGGAAAAAAAGGAACGUGCUCACAGUGAUGACACUUCUUCGAUACCGAGAGUUGAAUUGUCGAAACGUAUACUGUUCAAUGCUGAUCCCGAGAGUAGCAGUCGAAGAACGGAAACAAUUACACUUCAUUAUGAUUUAUUACACAAUCCGGCAUCAUGUUAUCAAAUCCGUAUUGAAUGGCUUAUGGCCACUGCGAGUGUGAUUGAGAGUCUGUUGCAGUCUUGGUCUCGAAUGUUAGAAAAAUAUGGACUGAAGCUCGUUGAAGCUCCCAUUCAUGAAGCCUCUGCAGUCGUGCAGUUAAAUCCAUUUGAUCAAGUUUUAAUUAUCGAAUUAGCUGUACCGCCUCCUCAACUACCGCAACAGUUUUAUGCGCCUGGUGAGAAUGUCGACGAACAAUGGUGGCAUACUGAGAUAUUAAAGUACUUUAACUUCGUUUUGGAUACUGAGGCGGCAAAUAAAUUUCCAGAGAAUGUUAAUGUCACGUACUCAUGGGGAAAGCCUAAUUACAAAUAUACUCAGUACAUACAUCGUACGGGUACGAUUUUGCUACAAAUUGAUGACGAGGGUCGCUUUCUUUGGUUACCAAAUCGCCUGCACAACUCUAAAGUACAAAAAAUGCAAACAUAUGACAAGACGGGUUCACAUCGAACCUCGAUUAAUACUCCUUCGGCAAGGCAGACCACCGAGCUGUUAGAGAAAGAAUUCAGAGCAUUUUGCAGCAAUGAAGAUGUUCUGCAUGAAUUCUACGACAAUACGCUUGACCACUACCAAAAGGAGUAUGGCCUCAUGGAUAUGAAUUCUUCGAUAAGCGACUUCGAACUUGAAGACGAUUAAAUUCCACACAAUUUUGUUUCCUCUCCUAGACACUACUUGUUUAUAAUCUUAAUGUUUCAUCAACGAUUUAAUAAUAAUCAUGAGCGUUAAUGCAUACAGAAAAAAAUAAUCAUAACAUUUCAGCUACGUAUAUACGUAACCUCUAAAAAAAGUCUAAGUCAUUGUUGAAAUCACGAAGCAAAUCAUUGAAUAAGCACAAUUUAUCAUGAGUGGGCGUAC